AUGGAAUUCCGCAGAGGGGUCUGGGACCAGUGGCAGCAUCUUGGGAGGUGCCGUAAGGCCCUUGCAAAGUGGCCUGAGCUUCAUGCUUGGCGGCAAAUCCCUUCUUGUCAGGAGGCUGCAGGCCCUACACUCAGCUGGGAUGGGAGAGGUGGUGUUCACACCUGGGUCAGUGGUCCCUCUGAAUGUUUCUUCUCUUCUCUUACCCUAUGCGGUUGUCCAGCACCUGAGCGAGGCGGGAGGUGCAGGAGGACCAAGUUUAACCAAGAGCAAUACAAGAUUCUUACUGAGGCCUUUGAAAGGGACCGUUAUCCUGGUAUUACUAUCAGAGAAGAACUGGCCAGACAAAAACAGAUUCCUGAGCCACGAAUCCAGGUUUGGUUUCAGAACCGGAGAGCUCCAAUACCCAAGAGAAGCCAGAAGAACCCCGGCGGGGAGGAAACCCGGGCAGGGGCCCGGUUCCCUGGCCCUAGCCAGCCCGGGGUGCUCGCCCCGCACUACUCCCGCCAGCAGGGCUUUCCCGGGCCCCGUACGAUGUGGGCCACUUCUCCUGGGAGUCAGAGAAUGCUUCCGGUCAAGCCGUCCUCUCGGGGCACGCUGGUGUCCUGGGCGCGAACGUGGCCUUCCCUGACUUGGAGACUCCAGCCAGUGUGCCGGGCCAGCCUUCGGGAGACGUCCCUGGCUCUCUGUCCCCUGGCUCACCGCUGCUUCCAUGUCCCGCUUCCCACCUGCCCCUCCCGCAGCUGGAAGCGGGCAGCGCCCGGACUCAAGUUCACCCGGGGGCCCCCGGCCUGCAGCGACGGGGGCCGCGUCCCGCCUCUGGGAAGCAGCAGCCAGGGGGCCAGGAGCCCGGGAAGACGCCGCGGCACCCGGGGGCCUGGGAACAGCCCCCGAAGGUCCCUUCCCAGCAGCUCUGGCCGCGUUCGGCUCCGCAGCCGCAGCCGCUGGGCGGGCCCGCCGCGCGUCCGGAGCCGCUGCCAUCUCCCUCCCAGAGGGGACCUGCGUGGGGGGCCCCGCAGCGCCCUGGUGGGGUCUGCGCUCCGAGCGGCAGAACAGUGGAAACGACCCCAGGGUCCGGCGACGGGAGGCAGAUGA